GUGCAGUUGGAAUGAAUUUGGCUGGGAGUCCCCCAGAUUCUGAACGAAGCAGUUCAUAGUGAGCGUAUCCGAGUGUAGUUUAUUAUUUUCUCGAUAAUUAAAUAUAUUUUUAUACAGUUAGACGUUGUAUUUUGUGUACAUAAGAUUUUAUUUUUCUAAAAUAAGGGCAGCAAAGAUGGAACUUAAUUCUCUUUUAAUUCUUCUGGAGGCUGCAGAAUAUUUGGAGAGAAGAGACAGAGAAGCGGAGCACGGUUACGCAUCGGUUUUACCAUACAAUAGCGACUUUUCCAGAAAGAAAACGAAAGCUUCGCCAAUCUCGAGAAAAACACAGAGCAAUAGGUCAUCGCACAAUGAACUGGAGAAACACAGACGUGCCAAACUGCGGCUGUACCUGGAGCAGCUGAAGCAGCUGGUGCCUCUGGGGCCGGACAGCACCAGACACACCACCCUCAGCCUGCUCAAGAGGGCCAAGAUGCACAUCAAGAAGCUGGAGGAGCAGGACAGGAAGGCUCUGAAUGUGAAGGAGCAGCUGCAGCGGGAGCAUCGCUACCUCAAACGGCGGCUGGAGCAGCUGUCUGUGCAAGGCCUGGAGCGCGUCCGCACCGACAGCAUGGGCUCCACCAUCUCCACCGACUCCGAGCAAGAGGUGGAUAUCGAGGGGAUGGAGCUGACCCCGGGGGAGGUGGACAGCGGCAGCAGUGUGAGUGACGGGGACGACCACUACAGCCUGCAGGGCAGCUCCAGCGACAGCAGCUACACGCUCUCCCACAGACUGCAGCCGCGCCUGCACUAGGCCAGGAAGCAGGACCCCGUGACUUCCUGCGCCCCCCCCCGCCCCCCGCUGCCACCGCAGGAUCGGAUCGCUCAGCAAUUCAUGGUUUCCGUGGGGACCUCUGCGGUGUGGCACACGGCUUUGACUUGCCAACGAGAACCACGUGCCGUGCCGCGCGUGUGUGUGUGUGUGUGUG